UACCAGGAGCUGAGCGUGGGUUGUCAGCCGUGUAGGACCUGGGGGACUUCCAGCUGACCUUGUUGGGACUGUUUCCCUCAAGGAUCAACAAGAUGUUGCAGAACCUGAACAAAGCCUUUGACCACACACUAUAUGGCCUGAAACCAAAACAUGGAUUUUUUGCACGGAUUCCUGUUGUGAAUGACGACCUGCCGGCUCGGAUCAUCUCAGCCUGUGUUCAGGUGAAACCAAACGUGAAGGAGUUCUGUGAGUCCAGUGUGGUCUUUGUUUAUGGGAGCGCCAUAAACAAGGCUCAUCAACCCUCCCCUCAGAAGAGACCAUGGUGAAGGAAAUUCAGAGAGACUCUGCAACAAUGCACCAGAGGUUUUUGAAGAAGUCUCCUUCCCAGACAGAAAGGAUGCAUGGACGACUGAAGAUUAAAUCUACAGCCCAGCAGGAGGAGGAGAAAAGAAAGGAGCGAGAGAAGAAACUGAAGAUAUACGUGACUGCGCGAGAUGCCUGUUUUUCUAAGAGGAAGGAGGGUAUUUUGGAUGAUGAGGCUCUCCAGCUGACCCAGCAGCUGCUAUCAGCCAAUCCUGACUUUGCAACCUUCUGGAACUACAGAAGAGAGAUCCUAAUGCACCUGGAGACUGUGAAGGACGAGGAUGAAAUGCAAAAGAUUUACGAGGCUGAGCUGUCAUUUUUGGAGUCUUGCCUGAAGGUGAACCCAAAGUCCUACGGCAGCUGGCACCACCGAGGCUGGGUCUCAGUCCGCUUGCCUCGACCGGAUUGGGCCAGAGAGCUGAGCCUGUGUGAUCGCUGCCUCAGCCUGGACGACCGCAACUUCCAUUGCUGGGAUUAUCGCAGGAUGGUUGUGAAGAUGUCUGGUGUGCCCGUGGAUCAGGAGUUGGGUUUCACUGAUCGUCUUAUUGGCUCCAACUUUUCCAACUAUUCCAGCUGGCACUACCGCAGCACCCUGCUGCCGCUUCUCCACCCAGAAUCUCCUGAGCCCCCGUCACCGUGCCGCAAGCCUCCCCAGACCUCCCCUCCACCUUCUCCACAAACUCACUCCCAUCGCGUCUGUGAAGAGCAGCUACUCAAAGAGUAUGAGCUUGUACAGAACGCUUUCUUCACUGACCCCAACGACCAGAGUGCUUGGUUCUACUAUCGGUGGUUGCUAGGUAGAGCGGAGCGUGAAGAGAUGAUAAGCUGUGUGUAUGCCAGUCGGGAUGAGGAGAGAGUAGCUGUCGCCUUCUCCAGGCCGGUUAAUGCUCAGACGGUCGGCCUGCUCCUGGUGCUUGACGGUCAGCCUCAGAGAGUGGAGUGGAGGAGCGUGCACCCGCGCUUUAAACACAGCCCUGUCUGGAUUUGUGAUCUUCCACCUGGAACGAUAAGCGACAUCACCAACGAACACAAUCUGACCGUGCACUGGACUGAAAAACACACUCACAGAGACUGUGCUCUUUACACAGGUCGAACUGAGAGUUACUGUCGGGACUCUGCCACGGAUCAGGAGCUUUUCAGGAGUGAACUCUCAGUAGAAAAGACCUCAGUGUUACAGUCAGAGCUACAAUCAUGCAAUCAGCUACAAGAACUGGAGCCGCGCAAUAAAUGGUGCUUACUGACCAUCAUCCUCCUGAUGAGGGCGCUAGACCCACUGGGAUAUGAAAAGGAGACACUUGCUCAUUUCCAAACACUGAAAGAAGUGGAUCCCAUGCGCUCUGCAUAUUACAGUGACCUGUGCAGCAAGUUUAUGAUUGAAAACACCAUCCUAAAAAUGGAAUAUGCUGAAGUGCGCGUCUUCAGCAUUUCUGACAAGAACCUGACCACAUUAUGCCACCUGGACCAGCUGUUACUGGUCACCCAUAUCAAUCUGUCCUCUAAUCAUCUGCAGCGGUUGCCUCCUCAGUUCGCUAUGUUGCAGUGCUUAGAGGUCUUGGAGGCUGAUAACAACUCCAUAGAAAAUCUGGAGGGACUGUAUCGCCUUCCCAGACUGGAGGAAGUCUCCUUGAAGAAUAACAAAAUCUCUGCCCUGGCAGAUCUUCAGCCCCUGGCUUCCUGCCCCAAGCUGAAGCGCCUCGAUCUCCGUGGCAACCCUGUCACUCAGACAGCCAACAUCGAGUCGGAGUUAGCUGAGCUGCUGCCCUCAGUGACAGACCUCCUGCUCUGAUCAGAGGGAGGGCAGGAAUCACUGCCACCAUUGUCCUGUCGUUGAAUUGUCCUUCAACUUUCUCAAGUGUGUUUGUUUGUGAAAGAGCAAGUGGGUGUUUUUUUUUUUUUCAAGUGUUGUGCGACUCUGUUUGUUCCACUUGUUUGGGAGAAUGUCAAUCACAGCAACCCCACAGGGUCUGAAAGCCUCAUGCUUCAGGGCACAUUUCAGAAACCUCUCUAACACCGUCAGUGAACUGUCUAGAUUUAUGUGUGUGAGUGUUUCAUAACCAGUGUUGCGGUUCUUUAAUUGUGUGUGCGUACGGAUGUCCUUAAUACAACACACCAAAAUGCAUGCAGAAACCCUAGUAAUGGAGUAAAUUGACUGUAUAUGGAUUGGCGUGCAGAAAUGCUGGCUUAUUGCUUCUAUAAGCUUUAAAACGGUUUAAUUUACAAAAAAAAAAUAAAAAGCUUAGUACUAAUCAUCAGAGCA